CUUACCUCUUUUAGUUAAAAUUCUUCGAAAAAUCGUUUUUAUUCCAAGAAACUUCACCACAAUUCCACAAAUUAGAAAGAAAAUCACAGAGCGACGGUAACAAAGCACCAGCGAUGGAGGUCGUCGAUAUUGAAGACUCUGCGAACUGUUAGUGAGUCAUACAAAAACGUUCAACGGCGUGUGAAUUCGACGUGCCAUACAGGUAGGAGUUAACGAUCACCAUUGGAAAGUGGCCCCACAGGAGUAUUUCUUUACUUAGUUCGAGUUUCACGCUUGAAAGUCUUUUCUUCGUUGUUUUUUGUUCACCAACAGAAGAAGAGAAGAGGCCAUCUCUCCCACCUCAAAGAUCUCCACUCCUCAGUUGUGUUCCUUGGUGCAGAAACAAUUCAAUUCGGAAGAGAUUGUUUUAGAGAUUAUUAACUUUGUUACGAGCUGUUACGUUGUUAUGUACUUUUAAAGAUUUUUUUUCAUUUUCAUUAUUAGAAAAUGUUAAAGAGGCGCUUUUAAACAGUUUUGUUAAUAAAGAAUUAUUAUGUUUUGAGUUGACUUAAAUGGUGUAAUUAUGGUAAUCACCUCGUUGCUAUUGAUGCACGUCGAGAAUUUAAUACAUCUAUGAUUAUAACAUGUGGAAAUUUCGAAGGACGUUUUAAUUAAGAGAAGAAAUAUCGAUGCUACAUCUUUAUCGUAAAUAAUUGAUUUGUUAUAAUUAAUAACAUGAUAUUGGAAUCAAUUAGAAUAUGGAUAGAGACAACGUUAUUUGCAACGAAGAUGGUUAAUUUAAAAGAAGGAACUGACGUAAGGGAUAUAUAUUUAAAGCUACCUUUUCCGUUGAUGUUCAAGAUUUAUCCGUUUAAUUUAACAAAUCCUGACGAAGUCGUGAAAGGUGCUAAACCGAUUUUAAAAGAAGUUGGACCGUAUGUUUUUGAGGAAUGGAGGGAAAAAGUAUUAAUUGCUGAAAACGAAAUUGAUGAUACCAUGACGUUUUAUGCAAAAGAAACUUUUAUUUACAGACAAGAUCUUUCUGGGGGGUUAACAGGGAAUGAAAUAAUAACGAUUCCUCAUCCUUUAAUAAUGGCAAUUGCUUUAACAGUUAUUCGUGAAAAACCAGCAAUGAUAAGUUUAGUUACAAAAGCUCUCAAUAGUAUAUUUUCACAACCUCAAACGCCUUUUUUAACAGCUACGGUUAACCAAAUCUUUUUUGAUGGGAUAAUAAUAAAUUGUACAGUUACUGAUUUUCCUGGAAAAGCUCUUUGCACAGAAUUAAAAACGGAAGCUAAACAAUUACAAGUUGUUGCUGAUAAAAUUUAUAAAUUUUCAUUAAUGGGAGCUAAAAAUGGAUCAGCGACAGAAAAAUUCAAAGUUAAAAGAGGAAUUCAAAAUUAUAAAGAAACCGGAAGAUUACUUGAGUAUAACGAUCAAGCUGAGUUAACUAUUUGGGGAUCAAAAGAAUGUAAUCAAUUUCGAGGUACGGAAGGAACGAUUUUUCCAGCUUUACCAAUUCCUAAAGCAGAUAUACCUUCAUUUGCUUACCCACUUUGCAGAGUUGUUGAUGCAAAAUACGAUAGCAAAACUAAAUACGACGGAAUCCCUGUUAAUAAAUACGUUGCGGAUUUUGGUGAUCAAUCUUCAAAUCCCGACGACAAAUGUUAUUGCCCUUCUCAAGAUGAAUGUAUGAAAAAAGGGGCUUUGGAUUUAAGAAAAUGCGCUGGGCCGAUUGUUGUAACUUUACCACACUUUUUGGAUGCUGAUCCUGAAUAUCAAAAUGGAGUAACUGGAAUGAAUCCGGAUAAAGACAUACAUCAAUUACACAUCCUCUUUGAAGCUAAUUCUGGGUCACCUCUUUCGGCGAGAAAUCGAAUCCAAUUUAAUUUCCCUCUAAUGAAAAUUGAUAAAUUGAAAUUUCUGAAGGAUGUUCCGGAAGUUCUACUUCCUGUAUUUUGGGUUGAAGAAAGUAUUGAUCUUCAACGUGACCUAACUGGUCCAAUAAAAAUGUUGUACACCGCAAAAACAGUGGUAAAAAUUCUGACCUGGCUCUCGAUUGUUGCUUCUAUUGGAGGAUUGAGUUACGCCGGUUAUAUCACCAUAAAAAAGGGACAUGAAGUUGAAAUUACCCCAGUAAAAGCCGGAUCUACAAAAAACGACAACAUCAGCAUGGUUCUUUCAAAUAAUGAUAAAGGACACGUGAAUCAUGCAAUGUCUGACAACGAAAUCAACAAUAGGUUUUAGGGAAAAUUUAUUUCUUUUAAUAAGGUUUAAAGUUAUUUAAAAAAAUCUCAAUCCUAUGUAGAUGUAGUUUUAAAAUUAUGACAUCGCGUGAUAUAAAAAUCAAGGAAACAAAUAGUUAAGAAAAAAUGAAAAUAGUCAUUUGAUAAUUAGGAACGUAAGUAAGGUCGAUUCUUAUGAGAAUAUAACACGUGAUGAGACUAUUGAUUUAUUAAUUCUAUUAAAAAUUUAAAAAAACCUUGCGAAGUACAUUGUUUACUAAACAUAUCCCGAUCGAGAGCAACAUUAAAUUUUUCCGUUAUAAAUAAGUUAUUUGGAAUGUUUUAGUAGUUUUUAGAAGAACACCGU